UACGCCUGGGGAGGACGACCGAUAUCACACUUGGCUGUCUCAAGGUGUCGAGUUUGUUUACAACCUGAUAGUUGCCGACUCUUACGAUGCCAAGCACAGCAUGUUGCAGUCUGCUCUGAACUCCAGCUCCCGCUGUGUCAACUUGCUUGAAGCCUUGGUCGCAUUUCUCGACGGCCUCUACCUCCCGGACGGGAGCACUCUGGAGCAGCUAUCUGAAGAAGAGUUGCGCUCUUUUACCCCAAGCCACGCUUAUGAUUCUGCCCAGGACGCCACAAACCGAGGGCCGUACGAGUCUUGGCGCCACACUCGUGCAAAUUUGAGGUUGGAGACAUCGCUCAUGCACGCUGAUGACGGUUGCCUCCAUGAGCGCGCCUACGUGUUUCGGAACCAGGACCGCGUGCAGAUGCACUUCGGGGCUGGGUUUGGGGAAGGCCCCAUCUCCAAAUGCCAUCCGCGAGCGGGAAUAUCAUGAUAUGCUGGAUACGUUCGCUCAGAGGUCAAAGAUCGGGCGGAAAAGGGGCAGGGGUUCUUGGAGCAGCGCUGACACGAGCCGGAUAGUGUGGCUGGAUUAACUGAACUGGGAUGAAAGUUCUAGGGUGGCCACAACAGCGUUCUCAAGCCAGUUCCAAUACGCCUAGAGAAAAAAACAGACGCUAUCCUAUUGCA